AUGCCCACCGCUCCUCCUCCGCCGCCGCCACCACCUCCUCCUGCAAAGGUGCACAAACGGGCUUAUCAGGCCUGUAUUCCGUGUCGAGAGCGCAGAGUCCGAUGUGAUCUCGGUUCCGUCGAUCACCCGCAUCAGGGUCCCUGUGGAAGAUGUCGUCGGGAACGCAAGUUCUGCCACUUUUCCGCUACCCGCGGAAAGAAGAAGUCGGGUACAUCCUCCGGCGCCUCCGUCCCCGCCGACCACCCCCAGAUCGGGAGGAUCGUCUCCCUCGACGGCACGCUGGCCACUCUCGCCGGUGUCAACGUGCUGCCGCUGUCGGCCCAUGGCCGCACUGAUAGUGUGGGUUCUGCUGGUAAUCCUCCUCCCGCCAUCAAACCCGGUUUUCCGCUCCUCAGUCACGUGAUAUCUACUGAUGCUCCGCUGUCCGGUGCCGCAGGCGGAGACAAGGCUGCCGCUGCCCUGCUGCGCGACGCCGCUUACACCUCCCACGAUGCCCUCAACCUGCUGUGGGAGGCCGGUCGUCACAGCGAACGCGUCACCGGCUUCCACCACGACUCCAACCCCUCCCGCCUGCGGGCCUCCGCCGACGAAGGGAACCGCCCUUCCGCCCCGCCGAGCAACCACGGCAGCACCACGAGCACCGCCCUGCAGCCUUGGUCCAACCUGCGCUUCGUACGCACUGGUCUCUUCACUGCGGAGGAAGCCCUGGACCUGGUCAACUACUUUCACAAGUACUUAGCCCCCUUCACCCCUAUCUCCUCCACUGCUUAUCAGGAUCAGUCAAUGCAUGGAAAGCUCUUGGAGGAGGAACCCAUACUUGCUGUCACUAUCCUGAUGCUGGCAUCUCGCUACAUGAAAUUCUCCGGCGCUGGUGCGGUCUCACGCUCCUACAUGGUCCACGAGCGCCUGUGGCAGCACCUGCAGGGCAUGAUCUCUCGCAUGAUCUUCGGCCAGGAGCAGUUCAGCGCCGCGACCCACGACAACGGAACCGCAACGGAGACUAUGACCACCCAGUCCUGUGAAUCCGCUCUCGCCGGCUCCAGCUUCGGGAGCCUUCGCACCCUUGGCACCUGCGAGGCCCUACUCCUCCUGUCUGAGUGGCAUCCGCGUUCGCUGCACGUCCCCGCCGGAGAUGAUGGGGACAGCAUUAUCGUCAAGGACGAGGUUCGCCGCACGAGAGCCAGCACGUCAGGAAUUGGCGGCCGCAUUCGGAUCGAUUGGCUGGAGCCCGUCUGGAGAUCUGACCGAAUGUGUUGGUCGAUGCUGGGGAAUGCUCUGGCCCUGGCCGUCGAACUCGGAAUCUUCGACGAAUACGACAACACCACUAUCGGUGCUAGAGAAUCCCGACGUGACAUCUGGAACAAUCCACACUCGAGCCAACGGGCGUAUCUCGUCCAACAUUUACUCUGGGUCUACCUGACCCAAACCUCGGGCCGGCUAGGUUGGAAAAACUUGACCAAUGUUUCCGUCACCGACCACGAUGCCAGCGUAAAACACGGUGAUACGAUCCGCUGCUGGGUCGGCGUCGCGUCCUUGAUGAAGAGAGGAAACGAACUCCUCUUUCCUUCGAGAGACAGAACACGCGACAUCAUCAACAGCGGCGAGUAUAUUGCCGUUCUUCGUAUGCUUAAUCCUCUUCUCCAGGAUUGGCAGCGCGAAUUUGACCGCUCUAAACUUUCCAAAGCAAUGAGAUUAAUACUUGCCAUCGAGUUCGGAUACGUUCGAGUAUAUAUAAACAGCGUUGCCUUACAAGCCGUAGUGGAACACUACAAUCGUGUUGCAAGAGAAGGGGGUUCACUUCCACUCUCUGCACUACUCAGUCCAUAUGAGGGAAACAAGGAAUAUUUCAUGGAAGUGGUUAACGCCGCGAGAGCAAUGCUCCAAGUAGUAGUGGAGGAACUCCUCCCCGAAGACCGGCUUAAGCAUGUCCCCGUCCGAACUUACUCGAGAAUUCUCGCUGGUGCCAUGUUUUGUCUCAAGGCUUACGCUCUCGGAGCAAAAGAUAGCGAAACCGCAAUCUCCCUUACACUAGUUGAGCGUACUGCAGAGGCUCUUUGCACCUGUGUUGUUGACGACGUUCACCUGAGUAACCGAUUUGGCGAGCUCCUCCAGGCACUUGUAUCGAGUCUUCGUAGUCGCGUGACGAUCCCGACCAGCGAGCCGUCUCUCAGUGGGCAUAUCACUCCCAACAACGGCCAGAUGGGGCGGCAGCCAUUCGAAUUUCACGAAAGCAUGCCCCCUGAAACCAAGCCCAUUGUAACAGAAUCGUUCGAACGAUCAAUGGCCCAGCAAAUGUCACUCCCACAAGCACUCACCAGCGGCGACUACGAUUCACGCUUCGUCACCAGUCCUGCAAGCUCGGCACCUGACUCGUCAGCGUAUAUGACGAUGGGUGUGAUCCCGGACCAGCAUACCUUCCAAACCGACCCGUUGAUAUCAUUCGCUGGCUUGGGUCCCAACCAGCUAGGAUGGUCCGGUGGCCAAGAUUUCUUCGACAUGCUCGGCCCAUUGUUGGAUGUGCAAUACGAACAAUACCGGUGAAGCAGAGCCAGAGCUCUGGCUCUCUUCUUCGAUAAUUAUGAAGAAGAAAAUGAGGUCAGCUCUCUCCCUUUCCAAUGGGGUCUCAACUGGGAACGGUAAGAAAACACCGUUCUCCCCAAAGGAGCACAGUGUCUGUUUUCUUCAGAGCUCUUACCGGCACACUUAUGCCGGUGAUUAGCGAUCUGACCUAUGAUGGCUGUUGCCGAAACGGAACUUGACAACAACAUCGACAAACAAUGAUAUUCAGCGCCGUGAACUGCCAUCUUUUCACGGCUAGCUGAACCAAGUCAGCACGCCCUGACUCUAUAUAAAAGCAGCAGCAGCAGCCUAGAGUGGAUUUUAUCCUCAGCAGCUGAUUUCAAUAUCGUUCAUUGUUAAUUCAUCACACCAAAUAAUACCAACAAACCUUAGGCAUAGCCUUUUCAAAUAAGCGCAUGUUAUCACAGCGUUGGGAAGUUUCUCAACAGCUGAUACCAUGCUCACUAUGCUUUGACUCCGUGCUUAUUCGUUUUUGCCCCAGCGCUGUUGAAUGUAGAUAUUUAUGCUCCCGCAUAUUAGCGAUUUCGGUCCUUUAGACAAGAAAUGUUUCUCAAAAAUAACUGAAU